AGAACACGUAAUAUCAGCACCUUCUGUUGAUACAUUGAAAACGAGAUUGGGCCUCUACAGUUUUACAAACUGCAAGAAUUAAUAUAGGUGGAUAGACCUUUUCUUAUUACAGCUUACAAUCAGUUGGUGACAGUCCAAGUGUUUGACUCUAGGUAUUAACUUGGUGAAUUUCUAGCGAUGCCAUUUUGUGUCUAUGAUCCAACGUCGGAUUCGUGGGACACAUUUUUCGGAGGACGCGUUGACAUAUUCAGUUUGUCUACGUGAUGGGUUUGUCGAAGCUUAGUAUUUCAGAUGUUGACCUUAAAGGGAAACGUGUUCUUAUUCGAGUUGAUUUCAACGUCCCUAUGAAAGAUGGGAAAGUUACUAACACUCAAAGAAUAGCAGCUGCCAUACCAACUAUUAAAUAUGCUUUGGAUAAGGGGGCUAAGAGUGUCGUCCUAAUGUCCCAUUUAGGUCGGCCAGAUGGGAACAAAGUCGAUAAGUAUUCUCUAAAGCCUGUGUGCCCUGAAGUGUCGAAGUUGUUAGGAAAAGAAGUUACCUUCCUCAGUGAUUGUGUUGGACCUGAUGUAGUUAAUGCGUGUGCUAACCCUGCUCCUGGAAGUGUUUUUUUGUUAGAAAAUCUACGCUUUCACGUUGAAGAAGAAGGAAAAGGUGUCUCACCGACCGGCGAAAAAACAAAAGCCACUGCUGAUCAAAUCAAGGCUUUCAGUGAAAGUCUGACAAAACUUGGUGAUGUUUACGUCAACGAUGCCUUUGGGACGGCACAUAGAGCUCAUGCUUCUAUGGUCGGCUGCCAACUGCCACAAAAAGCCUGUGGAUUUCUCAUGAAUAAAGAACUGACAUAUUUCGCCAGAGCUUUGGAAAAUCCAGAACGUCCUUUCCUAGCUAUUUUGGGAGGUGCCAAGGUUAGCGACAAGAUCCAGUUGAUCAAUAAUAUGCUUGACAAAGUUAAUGAAUUGAUCAUCGGUGGUGGGAUGGCAUAUACAUUUCUUAAGCAAAUACACAACAUACAUAUAGGAAAUAGUUUAUUUGAUGCACCGGGUGCAGAAAUCGUUCACAAAGUAAUGGAAACUGCAAAGGCUAAAAAUGUUGCAAUUCACUUACCUGUUGACUUUGUAACUGCUGAUAAAUUUGCUGACGAUGCGAACACUGAAGUAAGAACUAUACAAUCUGGAAUUGCCGAUGGUUGGAUGGGAUUAGAUAUUGGUCCGGAAACAAUUGAAGAAUUCAGUAAGGUGAUUAGUCGUGCCAAAACUAUUGUUUGGAACGGGCCGAUGGGCGUUUUCGAAAUGGACAAGUUUGCAAGAGGAACGAAAGCAGCAAUGGAUGAAGUGGUCAAAGCUACUAAGAAUGGUGCUACAACUAUUAUUGGUGGUGGUGACACCGCAACAUGCUGCGCCAAAUGGGACACAGAAGAUAAAGUUAGUCAUGUCAGUACUGGUGGUGGUGCUAGUCUUGAACUUCUCGAAGGUAAACAAUUACCCGGAGUUGUUGCACUUACGGAUGCUCACUAAUGUGUUUGGUCAUAAUAUCCCUUAACUUCAUAAUUAAUUAUAAUUAGUGUUCUUACCUUCGAAUUUUCACACUUGUUCUCAGUUCUAUGAUUACUUGGUAUUGUUAUACAUGUGUUCUUGAUUUGAUGGAUAUUUUUUCUGUUUCAUUUCUGUACGUGUAGAUGUAUUUCUCCCAUAUGCGCAUUUGCUACCAAUAGAAAUUUCCGGU